AUGAAUUAUCCACUGGCAACAAUGCAAAUCUGACUCGAAUAACCGACGAUCUCGACUUGUUUGAACUGUGCUCAUCAAUGGAACAACGUACAUCAUGUAUAAUCACACCACCUUUGUGACGCCAUUGCACUGGGAAAAUAACACUUAUUACAGACGUCUUUCAAGGGAGUGGAAAUUCUCCAUAGAACAGUCCUUCUCGCUUCUAGGACAGAUCGUUGACAUCAACACUUGCGCCUUCAUCGUUGUUGGAAGCUCUCUCAUUACCGAAAACGAGCGGAAUAAUGUUACAUACUUGAUAUACCAGGACAUCCCAUUCCCUCCAGAGAGCUACGUUCGUUACCUGAAUGGCUCUGUCCGUCUCUGCUGGACUGGACCCGAUCCUCCAGAACCUGUCAGCAUGUUUCAGUACUCCAAAGGGCAGAAUAUACUGAACCUCAUACUCGUUGGACUGUCCUCCAUCUGUCUCUUGGCGACGUUGCUCACGUACUGUAUCUUCAAGCCUCUAAGGAACCUCCAAGGCCUAUCCAUCAUGAGCUUUGUUUCGGCUCUUCUUGUUGCGCAGGUGAUGCUCCAGUUCAUCGCUCCUAACAUGAUAUCUUUGCCAACCGUGUGUACGAUAGCAGCUACCAUCACUCAUUAUUUCCUCCUCGCUGUCUUCACAUGGACGAACAUCUUGGCGUGGGACCUUGUUCGUCACUUCGCAUCCUCAUCUUUCCUACCAAAGAGACAUGGGGAGACGAGACGUCUGAUCGCCUACCUCAUCAUCGGCUGGUGUCUUCCUCUCGUCAUCGUCGUCCCCUGUCUGAUUGUACAAGUUCAGAACCCUUCGAUGUUUCGCUACGGCAAGAUCGGGACAUCGUGUUGGAUCUACCAAGCCAGGGCUAUCGUGCUGGUUUUCUUGGUACCUGUCGCCGUCAGUUUUCUCGUCAGCAUCGUUCUCUUUUCGUUAACUGCCUACGGUGUUCACAAGAGCAAGCGUGGUGCCAGUGUUCUCCACGAAGGUGCUCAUGAGCGACGGAAGGAGCUCUUCCACGAACUGGUAGUCCACUUUAAGAUAUCUUGCCUACUUGGUUUUGGAUGGUCCUUUGGUUUCAUCGCUGCGUUUGCCCAGGCUGCUGCUGUUUGGACAAUCUUCAUCAUCACCAGCUCUCUGCAAGGUAUCUUCGUCUUCGUCUUCUUCGGCGCUAACCAUCGGGUGAGGGGUCUCUGGCGAAAGAGAAUCCGUGAAUCCAAGUCAGAAGGGAGAAGUACGAGUAACACAGGAACCAAAUCUACGGGAACCAGUCGGACGAGAGACAGGGAGAGGCAAAAACUAGCAGCGUCGAGUUCAGCCUCGUCAGCUACAAAAGUCUAAUAGUUUCUCAGUGAUUUAGACUUACAACCCUUAUAUUAGAAUAGUUAGUUUGGCAUUGUCAAUUUUCCUCCCGGAAAGUUUAGAGAUGAUGUUGGCCUUAUAAUUAUGAUCAAGGCUACUUUUCCUGGUGUUUGUAUCCUAUACGUAUGUACUAUACUAUUAAAUGGAAUGUGUCGCUUUGGUGUAAAGGGCCAACGGUCCUUGUCAACGUUCCUUGAUGACUGAAAAUACAUUUAUCUAUCGAUAUAAUGACUAAGCAUUAGAAAGAUGAGGCAUAUGCGGACAACUGGUGAGACUUUGAAGAAGAACAAAAUUAUAGCAAGAUGUUGUGCUUUAGGUUUUGAAAAAGAUUUGCUGUAUCAUUGAUACCAAUACAUAGAUGUAUAUUAUAAGCCACUUCGAAGAAACUAUCUGUAGAAGAAACAAUCAGGAUCCAGUUUUUAAACAGCUGAUUUUGAGUAAAGUGAACCAACAUUUGCCAUUUGGAAUAGGUUCAACCAUAACGUGCCACUUUAAUGUGUAUGAACACGUCAUCAAGAUUUUGGGAAGGAUCAUUACAAAAAUAAAUGCAGUCUGUAUAGUUAAUGGAUGCAUUCCUGUAUAUAGUUGAUGCAUCCUGUAUAACUAAGUACAUACCAUUUUUCCUUACUUUCUUAUGAAUUGUAUAUGAAUGGAGUGGUAUGUGCAUCACAAUCACGUUCGUCUGGUUGUUAGCUUAUUUUUCUUUUUUUUUCUGUAUAUUUCUCAAUAAAAUUUACCUCCUGUACUCAGUCAAA